GAGGGAAACACCCACAUCCACUCAUCCAUCCAUCCAUCCAUCCAUCAGUCAGUUGGUCACUUGGUCACUACUUACUGACUUAUUAACUACAUACCAUACAUCUAUCUAUCUAUCAAUCUCUCUCUUUCUUUUCAUCCACCACUCACAACGUGAUCGGGUUAUUUCUCGAGGGUUGAUUCAACAACAACUCUUAUUGCUGUACUUGAACAACUUACGAGUUUCUUACAACCAUUUUUGUUCCUGCUUCUAUAUCUUAAACCUCGAAGCCCGAGACGCAAACAGGAACAGGCGAAACUAUGGAUAGAAGCGAUAUCUGGGUUCUCGACGUCCUUAAUGGCUUCCUCCCAGAGAAGACCAUGGAUCUCCUCCAAGAACAAAUCCAGAACCCGCAGACCGCCCUGCAGGCCGUGUGGGAACACACCGCGUCCGCCGCCGCCAAGGUGACGGCCCUGCUCUCGCCCGUCUUCGCCCCCUUGCUCGCCCGCGCCCUACAAGCCUUACAUGACUCUCCCGACGUCGUCGUCAUCGGCUUCCUCCUCGCCUUCUUCGUCUUCGCCCUCCAGCUCAUCGCUUGGGUACACCGCACCAUGAUGUACUUCACCCGCCUCGCCUUCCGCCUGCUCGGCUGGGCUCUGGUGGCAGCCCUCGUCGCUUUCGUCUGGCGCCGCGGCCCCGAGGCUACCAUCCGCGAUGCCGUCGUCGUCGUCAGCAAGAUCGCCGGCUACGCUUCGUUCGUCAAGGAUGUCUGGUGGUCCGAGUACCAGAAGUUCGACGCCCAGACGAAGCGCGGUGGUAACCCGGGCCAGCGAGCCCCCUCGGGAGGAUACAGCCGUCCGGGAACCGCUGGGUGGUAAUCCAUUUUCAUCGUCAUCAUCAUUUAUCAUUUUGCUAUUUUAUCAUUUCUAGUAUAGCGGCUCUACAGGGGCGAGAGAAAACCAAGAAAGAAGACGAAGAACAAAAAGGGAAGAGAAGAAAAAGUAUUAUUCAUGAUUUGAUGAAAUGGAACAAAUGACUACCGGGGUUCGGUUCGGUUUCGGGUUGGCUUGGUUUGGGAUGGGAUGGGAGGAUUGGGUUGGGUUUAAUCAAUCGUCAAUCAUCAAUCAUCGUCGUCGUCGUUGUCUAUAAUGCCACGUUUUGUCUUUUUUUCCUUUUCGGAGAGAGAGAGGGAGAAGAAAGAGUUCACGAUUAUCAGGAUUUGCUGUUGCUCUUUGCUCUUUUACUAUAAAAGAAUGAAGAGAAUGAAAAUGAAAUUACCAAAUACCUAAAAACACAUAUAUAUAAAAAGCUGUUCAUUACAA